AUGGCAGAUGAAGAUGAGCAUAUGCAAGAUGAUGUCGAUAUCGAGGAAAGUGACGAGGAUCCCGAUGAAGACGGCGACGAGGGAAUGAUGGAUGAUGCACCGAUGCAGCAACCGGAACCCGUUGAGGAAGAUGGUGCCAUCGCUAGACGUCGGGCAAUUCAAGCCAUUAUGCGUGAUCAAUCAACCAGCGAUCAGGACAAGCGUUUGCAAAUCCAGGCAUUGAUGAGUGGUGGUAGAACAGAGGUCGCGCCACCACCAUCACCAGUAUUACCGGAAAACAAUGCAUCGUGUGUCCACUACGAACGAAAUUGCAACAUUGUUGCACCAUGCUGCAUCCGCGUAUAUGGAUGUAGAAUUUGUCAUGACGAACUAAGUCCAGCGGGUCACGCAGCUAUGAACCGAUUCCUUGUGAGUCAAGUGGUCUGCAAGUUGUGCAAUACUACGCAACAGACAUCCAAUCAAUGUAUCAACUGCAAAACCAUUUUUGGCGAGUACCAUUGCAGCACCUGCAAUCUUUGGAUGUCACAGUCCAAAAAGCCUUUCCAUUGCGCAAAAUGUGGGUUUUGUCGAGUAGGGGGCGCUGACGCAUUUCGCCACUGUGACGAAUGUUGUAUGUGUAUAUCCAUUGGUGUAUAUGCGGAUCACCAAUGCUUCAAGGAUAAAUACAAGAAUAAUUGCCCUGUGUGUAGAGAAGACAUGUUCUCGUCACGGCAAUCUCCUCAGGAUCUUCCCUGUGGCCACGCUAUACACGCUCACUGUUUUCGAAAACUGGCUGGUUUUGAUUAUAGAUGCCCCAUUUGCAAAAAGACCGUCGUCUCACCCCAAUCAAUGGCAGCUGCAUGGGAUGCAAGGGCACGGGAUAUCGCAGAGCACCCGAUGCCUGCGGAUCUUCAAAGAAUUGUCGAUAUUAUGUGCAAUGAUUGCGAGACGAAAAGUCAUGGCCUGAAUUGGCAUUUUCUUGGCAUCCAAUGCCCAAACUGUAACUCUUUCAAUACAGUUGUGGAGCAGGUUCUCAGUUCUGGGGCGGAUGGCAACACAAACGGGGCAAACCAAAACCAAAACCUAGGUAACGGUUCCGGUACGUAG